AUGAAGACAUCCGAUAUUCUCUACCUGCUUGCUCAUCCUAAUCAAUUGAGGGCGAUAAUUCAAUGGAAAGUCUGGCACAACCCACUCCACCAGCGGAAGAUUGAGAACGAGUCUCUCACCCUGCGAAGAUGUUUUGAGUUCUUGGAUCUCACAUCGCGGUCUUUCAGUGCUGUUAUUCAAGAGCUGUGCCCUGAGCUUUGCGUCUCGGUGACACUCUUCUACCUUAUCCUUCGUGGUCUCGACACCAUCGAGGAUGACAUGACCAUUCCACUAGAAAUUAAGGAGCCCCUUUUGCGCUCUUUUGACAAAGUUCUCGACAAAGAGGGGUGGACUUUUGACGGUAAUGGGCCCAAGGAGAAGGAUAAGCAGCUCCUUGUGGAGUUCAGCAAUGUGAUUACGGAGUUUGCCCUAUUGUCCGAGAGCCAUCGGGCGAUUAUUAAGGACAUUACCAAGAAGAUGGGGAACGGGAUGGCCGACUACGCUAACAAUGCCGAGCAUAAUGUUAACGGAGUCAACACAAUCGCUGAUUACGACCUGUACUGUCAUUACGUUGCCGGUCUAGUUGGCGACGGGUUGACACGCCUUUUCGUUGACACCGGGAAAGCCAACCCGGCUCUCCUCGAACGACCUCAUCUAAUCAACUCGAUGGGUCUUUUUCUUCAAAAGACCAACAUUAUUCGUGAUUACAGGGAGGAUCUCGACGAUAAGCGACGAUUCUGGCCCAAGGAGAUCUGGACGAAGCAUAUUGAAAAAUAUGAGGAAUUGCACUUACCGGAGAACGAGGAGGCGGCAUUGAAUUGUAUCUCUGAGAUGUGUUUGAAUUCCCUUCAACAUGUUGAUGAGUGUUUAUUUUAUCUUGCUGGAAUCAAAGAUCAGAGCGUGUUCAAUUUUACCGCUAUCCCUCAGGUGAUGGCAAUUGCUACCUUGGCCUUGGUGUUCCGGAAUAAGGAUGUCUUCCACAAGAACGUGAAAAUCCCUAAGGGUGAGGCCUGCGAGCUCAUGAUUGAGGCCGGAAAUCUGCGAUCUACUUGUGAUAUCUUCCGGAAAUAUAUGAAGAUCAUUCACAAGAAGAACACCCCCAAAGAUCCCAACUUCCUUAAUAUCAGCGUCACUAUUGGCAAGGUUGAGCAAUUCAUUGAGACCAUCUUCCCAACUGCGGUUGAGCCCAGGGUUGUUGCACAGCGUGCGCAGAUGCGAGCUACGGGCGAGACGCCAGAGCAAGCGGCGGCAGCGAAGAAGGAGAUGAUGUUCUUGAUCUGUGCCAUUGUUGCGACCUUGAGUGUAAUUUCUGGAGUAAUGAUCUUCGCUGCAUGGUUAAUGGGAGCCCGGUUCGACAUUGCUUUCCAGGAACUCCGGAAGGGCAACUUCGGACCCCCAGGGUACAAUCCGGUUGCUGAUGCUCGGCACGGCGAGCUCUAA